AUGGCCGCGUUGGGCAACCUCAUCUACGCCAUCCUCCCGAUGCUCCCCGGCGACAUUACCUUGCCCCUAAUGUUGGGCGCACGAAUAUUGACCGGUUUCUGUACAGGCUGCCUCGGCGUCCUCCGCUCCUUCGUCGCUAUGUGCUCAAAUGCUAAGGAUCGACUCAAAGCUAUGGCCACGCUGAGCACCGGACUCACCAUCGGCCUAUCGAUCGGCCCUGUAAUCCAGAUGUGCUUCAUGCCGAUCGGUCCGGACGGGUUGAGCAUCUUCGGGGUCCGCUUCAACCAGUACACCACGCCUGGGUUCUUCAUGACGGCUGUGAGCUUGUUCUGCGUCUUCCUGCUCGUCACCUGGUUCGAGGAGAAUUAUGUGGGGAUUAUUUCGGACGAUGAGAAGAUGAGCAACCCAUGGCUGGUCAUCCCAAAAUUCGACCGGCUGGCCGUCCUGGUGAUGUUCUACCUGUGGUGCUUGUUGAUGACAAUCGCCACGUCCUUCUACUGCGUGGCGACCCCGAUGGCAAUGUCGAUGUACGGCUGGUCGAGCGAGGAGGCCGUCACGUACAACGCGCUGCUACAAACUGUUUCUUGUAUCCUGUCGGCGGUGACGAAUGCGUUGCUGGCGAAGACCCGACUUGGACAUAUGGAUCGUCGUCGUCAACUCAUCGCUGGCCUGACGUUGUUCUUGAUCUUCAUGAUCAUCUUCUUCCCGUGGUUCUUCUACCCUGACGCCCAUGCCGUCGCCUCCGACCCGCGUGUCUGCAACUACGCCUGGUGCGCGACGAGGAGGACCGUGCCAAUCUGGCUGUACUGCUCGGCAUUCAUCGCCUGUUUCGGCACCGGAUUUCCGUUGUGCAUGACGGCACUGAACACGCGGAUAUCGGAGAUAUUGGGACCCCGGAAACAGAGCUUCAUCCAAGGCGCGAUGGCGUUCACCGGCAGUCUUUCGCAGUUUGCCUGCCCAAUUCUCGUGACGUGGCUGUACGAAAAGGAUGGGUUCCGCCCGGUCUCGCUGCUCAACAUCAUCCUCCACACGCUCGGCAUCCUGAUCAUUGUACUUUUCUACCGUCGCCUGGUGCCGCUGGAGAUGAAGCCCGAGCUCGGGGAGGCCACAAAGUACAAACGGGGCACGUUUUAUCGGUUU